CUCCGAUCACACACACACAAAUUCAAAACCCUACUUCAACCCUUGCUGCGAUUCACAAAGAGCUUGGCGGGGGGGAAGAAAACGCCGAAAUCGGAAAAUGGCGUCUAUAGUUCUUCGAUCCCGUAUGUUGUCAAGAUUGAUAAAGCCUAGAUCUCGUAACCUGAGAUUAUUCUCUUCUGCGGAAGCUUCUUCCUCGAAUUCUACAUCUAGGUAUCAAGGAAUCUCCUCUGGCCAGUCCGUGUUUUCUGAUUUUCCACCGCCAAAUCAGCCUCUUCCGCCGCCUCCUCCUCCUCCUCCUCCUCCUCCUCCUCAAGCGGGAGCUGCGGCCGCGGCAGCGGUGGGAAAGGAACGAAAAGGUCUUAAGUAUCUUGGUUACGCACUCAUGUGGGCACUCACUGGUGCUACAGCCGCUACUGGUUACGCGAGUUUUGCUUACACAAUGGAUGAAGUGAACGAAAUGACUAAGGCGUUCCGAGAAUCAGCUAAGAAGACGCCAGUUAUUAAUUCUUCUGGCAUUGAUAAAUAUCAAACUAUGUUGUACUCUACUGCGAUGACAGGUUCUGCUAAAGCCAUUGAUAAGUAUUUGGAGCUUAGAGAAAUUGUGGAGGAACAUGUGAAAGGCUUUACGGAACCUCUCUCGGAAAAGCUUCUCCCUGAUUUGCACCCCGCAGAACAGCAUGCAUUUACUCUAGUUCUUGAUUUGAAUGAGACACUGCUUUACACAGACUGGAAGCGAGAAAGGGGGUGGAGGACAUUCAAAAGACCAGGUGUGGAUGCAUUCUUGGAGCAUCUUGGGAAAUUCUAUGAGAUUGUCGUGUAUUCUGAUCAGACGGAUAUUUACUUAGGGCCGGUCUGUGAGAAGUUAGACCCAAACCGCGUCAUACGUUUUGCGCUGGGAAGAGUCGCUACUAAAUAUGUGAAUGGAAAGCACUAUAGGGAUCUGUCGAAGCUGAACAGAGAUCCGAAGAAGAUUCUCUAUGUUAGCGCAAAUGCCUUUGAAACAAGCCUUCAGCCAGAGAAUAGCGUGCCAAUCAAGCCUUACAAACUUGAAGCUGACGACACGGCCCUAGUUGACCUGAUACCCUUUCUUGAAUAUGUAGCACGUAACGCUCCAGCUGACAUCAGACCGGUUCUAGCCUCUUACGAGAGAAAAGAUAUUGCCAAAGAGUUCCUUGACAGGUCCAUAGAGUAUCAACAGCGAAUGCAAGAACAACGGGGACAAGGCCGAUUCUGGAGGCGUUAAAGGAUCUAAUAUUUUAUGUAUAGCGAGAGACAGUUAUAUCGUCAUUGAUGCUGCACACUAUAAAAUAGGAACAGGAGGUACUGUUCAUCGCUAUGGUGGUUUAGGUAAAAUUCAAACUAAAAUGGAUGGUGUCUUUCUCAUCAAAGAGUUGUUAUGUCUUUGCCCAAUUUUCCUCGCCUUUGUCUCUGCUUUCGAUAGAAAACUUCUCUUUGAGAAAACUAAAAAAAAUAAGAAAUUAUCAAAUGGAAGGUUCAUUUUUCGUCGACUAACAACAAUACAGUUUUUGUU